AUGGCUACUGCAGAGGCAUCCCCAGCUCCUAAUUCCAAUCAUCCUCCUCGACCACGGCCUCGUCGCCCAAGAAGAGGUGGCCAUCGGAAUGCUGGACCUGCACCAGCGGAUCCAAAUGCAAACGGUACUCCAAACACAACGGUACAAGUACCCUAUGGUCCUUUAGCUCUGAGACCUGCUUCUGUGGCACCGCUACCCAGCUCGGAUCCUUCGAUCCCGUCGAAUCCACGAAAUCCGUCGAUCCCGUCGAAUCCACGAAAUCCGAAUGGAAACAAUCGAAGAGGUCAUGGUAGAAGGGGUGGGUUUGGACGAGGUGGUCGAAGAGGGGGUCCUCGUAUACAACCUAUGGCUAAUGGAAGAGUAUUUGGGGGGCAACUGACCUCCAACUCUCAUACCCGCCCUACGUCCGACGCUGGUUCUCUGGCUGGAGAUGCCCCAUUGUUUGUGCCCGGACAAUCUGUUGCCAGCCGAGCUGGACCGUCUCGAGCUCCGCGCGCACGUCGGAUGUCAAAAUCGCAAGCCCCAGAUCUUGGUACUCGAACACAUGAGGAUAUUACAAACGGCCAAUACGAGUGCGUGAUUUGCACCAACGAAGUUUUACCAAAUUCCAAGAUAUGGACAUGUAAGACUUGUUGGUCGGUUCUACAUUUAUCGUGCGUUAAAAAGUGGUCGAAGAACGAGGUAUCUACGCAUCAACAACGAGCGGUUGAGAAUGGAGAAUUGCCUCCACCGAGGCAGUGGAGAUGUCCUGGUUGUAAUUUGCCUAAAGACGACAUCCCAAUAUCGUACACUUGUUGGUGUGAGAAGGAGGUUGAACCACGGUCAGAAGCUGGAUUACCGCCACAUUCUUGUGGCCAGACUUGUUCGAAGAAACGGAGCGGACACUGUCCUCACCCAUGCGACCUUAUCUGCCAUGCUGGACCUUGCCCGCCAUGCGCUCAUAUGGGACCUUCCCUUCCUUGCUUUUGUGGCAAGGAGACUGUCUCAAGGAGAUGUUUAGAUACGAAGUACGAGAGUGGAUGGAGUUGUGGGCAAAUCUGCGAUGACAUACUGCCAUGCGGAGAGCACAAUUGUCAGAGAAGCUGUCAUGAGGGCCUCUGUGGCAGCUGUGAAGUUCCAAUUGAAGCUACAUGCUAUUGUGGUAAAGUCGAAAAAACGUUACCUUGCUGGGAACGCGACGAAGAGUGUGAAAGUCAAGCACCAGCCAGCGCGCUUGAUAGUGAGGGCUCGACCACGAGGGCCUGGAUUGGAUCUUUCGAUUGUGGCUCUGAAUGUCGCAGACCUUAUGAUUGUGGUAAACCAGAUCACUACUGCGAGAGCAGAUGCCAUCCUCAAGACAUUUCGCCUGCACAUUGUCCAUUUUCGCCCGAUGUUGUCACGACUUGUCCUUGCGGCAAAACACCAAUUUCUACACUUCUCGAAACACCGCGAACCGAUUGUACACAGAAGAUUCCUCAUUGUCAAGAGAAAUGCGAGUUGCCAUUGAAGUGCGGACACACAUGCCAAGGCAUUUGUCAUGAUGGCGAGUGCCGACCAUGCUUUCAGUCAGUAACAAUCGCAUGUCGUUGCGGCAGGACAACAGCAAACACUAUGUGCCAUCAAGGAACGGAUGAAAAGCCGCUGUGUCCCAGAGUAUGUCGAGCAACACUCAACUGCGGGAGACAUGAAUGUGGUGAAAGAUGUUGUUCUGGCGAAAAGAAAGCAAGUGAACGACAAGCUUCGAAACGCAAGCACCGUGCCCUGAAUGCUCCGCCAGUGGAAGAGAACAUUGAGGCCGAGCACAUCUGUCUCAAAGUCUGCGGACGCCCUCUCAAAUGUGGUAACCAUGCUUGCGCAGAACUUUGCCAUAAAGGCCCUUGUCGAUCAUGUCGUGAAGCUAUCUUUGAAGAAAUCAGCUGCGCUUGUGGCCGUCCCGUUUUGCAGCCUCCACCUCUCCUAUGCGACGAAGCCGCCUGA